AUGCACCCCCUGCAUCGGGCAGCGCUCAAGUUCAGUGCCAGAUCGCCGUGGUUUCGGGCUCGCGGGCCUGGCCCUCGCGCCCGACUCAACCGUCAUGCACAGAGAAACUCCUCGAAUUCUGCAAACUCCGGCCCUCUGAAGGACUCAACGAGUCCUCCGUCGACAUCGCAAAAACCCCUCCCUCCUCAUUCGCUCCACGAAUUGCCCGUGGGCGAGACCGCGAAGCCCGUCGAUCCUGUCGACAUCCCCAUACAGUUGUGGUAUCAUCGGCUGGGACCCGUGUCUGCAUUCUUUCAGUGGUUUCACCGCGCUCAAUUGAAGAGACCAUAUACUGUGCAACUAUGCACGACCUUAACAACAUACCUUUGCGGUGACCUACUGGCGCAGGACAUUGGGGGGGAACUGUACAAUCCAUGGCGAACGUUGAGGAUGUUGACGAUUGGAGCCCUCGGGGCAAUACCAGGUUACAAAUGGUUCCUCUUCCUGGGUCAGAACUUCAACUAUCCCUCGAAAUUCCUCUCCAUCGCAACAAAGGUUGCGGUCAACCAGAUUGUUUUCACUCCUGUGUUCAACACAUACUUCUUCGGCAUGCAAGCCCUGCUGACGGGUGAGCACACGAUGGGCAUCAUCAUGCGCAUUCAAGCUGCAGUGCCCGUCAGCAUGCUCAACUCCCUCAAACUGUGGCCUGCGGUAACCGCCUUCUCUUUUGCCUUUGUCCCGCCACAAUACCGCUUCAUGUUCUCGGGCAUCUUUGCCGUCGCGUGGCAGUGCUAUCUGAGUUUCCUCAACCGGACAGAAGAGAAGAUCGAGGCGCAGAUUGAUACACUGAGCCGGCCAGCGCUGAAAGAGGGCAUAUUGGUGAAGUAA